CUCUCUCUUGAUUCCAUGACAUUUCUCUCUCUAGAAUUUUCUACUAUUAUUUUAUCUAGGUAGGCGAGCUGUGAGCAUGAGAGGGAGCAUAGCAGAGAAAGUAGAAGAAGGUAUAUAAAAUGAAGUAAUACAAAUAUAUAUAUAUAUAUAUAUAUAUAUAUAUAAACAUGUAUAUGCAUGUGUGUGUUUGUGUUUGGGUGUGUGUGUGUGUGUGUUUGUGUUUGUAUAUGUACGAACUCCUCUAAACUCUUCUAAGCUGGUAAUCGGUCCUGGUCUCUCUCCUACUUUUGCUCUCUCGUUGCCAUCUCUCUUCUCCAAUUGACUUCGAUUUCUCCGUGGUCUUUCUCUCUCUAAAUCUCAUAAUCAGUCACCGCCUUAGCUCCCUCUGUCAAGCUCUCUUUCUCUCUCCAGAGCUCUCUGAUGGGAUCGGGUUGCAAUUAGGGUUUCUUUCUUCGUUCUGUGUUUGUGAUUUUGCCGUCUGGAAUUUUAAUUCAAUUUGAUUUUUCGAGCUUUGUUUUGAUUUUCCGUCUCAAUUGUUGUUGUUAUUGUGUUUAAUUUCAAUUUUGGGAGGAGUUUGGGUUUGCAGUAGAUCCGUGGAUGGAGCUUUGAUUGCAUGUUAUGUUCAUCAAGUUGUGUUCACUUGGUUUCGACACUCAGCUGUGUUUCACUUUGUGUUUUUUUCUUUGGGCGCCUGAUUAAUUGAAAUUCCUAUAUUGCAUGUUCGAUGAAAUCAAGGUGAUUGUGGUUUUGUGGUUUUCAGUUUCAUUUGGAAGUGUGUGGAGGUCAACUUGAUUUCAAUUCGUUCAAGCUUUGUGCCUUCUUCAUUUCAAUUUCAACUCCAUUUGUGUCACAAAAUUCUGGGUUUUCAAAAUUUUGUUUCAUUGAAUUUUAGUUUUUAUUUGUUGUUUUUUUGUUUUUUUGUUUUUUUAAAUUCCAGUUGUGCUGGUCUUCAUUUGGAUUUGAUUGAAUUUCUCUGGGAUUGGUAUUUUGGUUUUGUAUAGCAUCUGGUAGUGGUUUUUGUGAAAUCUUUGGGUCUGUAUUCUGGGGGUUCUGGAAAUCAUUCGAGGCUGAUUGUUCUCCAACUCAUCAACAGUCUUCAUUCAGGAUUGGAUUGCUGGGGACUUUAUUUUGGUGUUUGUUAUUUCUAAUUGUACUGCAUUUAAGAAGAUGAGUCAUAUGACAAGUGAGAGUGAGGACAGGAUGAUGUCCAAAGAUUCCACAGAUUCACCUUCUGUUGAAGAAGCUAGCAGUGGAGGAAACUUGGUAGGAGGCACUCCUUUGAAGAAAGGCCCCUGGACGUCAGCAGAAGAUGCAAUUUUGGUGGAGUAUGUCAGCAAGCAUGGGGAGGGGAAUUGGAAUGCCGUCCAGAAGCACUCAGGACUUUCUCGUUGUGGUAAAAGCUGUCGUCUGCGUUGGGCAAAUCACCUAAGACCAGAUUUGAAGAAAGGUGCAUUUACUCCUGAGGAAGAGCGUCGUAUCAUUGAACUCCAUGCUAAAAUGGGAAACAAAUGGGCUCGAAUGGCUGCGGAGUUGCCUGGACGUACAGACAACGAGAUAAAGAACUACUGGAAUACCAGAAUCAAGAGAAGGCAACGUGCUGGCUUGCCUAUAUACCCUCCUGAUAUCAGUUACCACCAGGUAUUUAAUGAGGAGCAACAAAAUAUGAGCAUGGGUUCAUACCCAUCUGAAGACUCACGACAUUCUGAUCUGCUGCCCACAAACAACUUUGAGAUUCCUGCCGUUGAAUUCAAGAGUUUGGGACUCAAUCAACAGAUCUAUUCGUCAAGCCUUCUUGAUAUUCCUUCAAGUAGCUUGCUUGAUAUUCCUGCGAGUAGCUUGCUAUCACAAGGUCUUGGUUCCUCCGGUGGUAAUAACUUCAUGUUCUCAAUGAUGAAUCCAGCCAAGCGCCUUCGAGAAUCCAAGUCCUUGUUCUCUGAUGUAAGUGAUAGUCUUGUUGAUGCUCUUCCAGCGAUCAAUCAAUACCAGAAUGGUGGUGGUUGUGAGAAGGUCUCGCAAUCCUUUGGAUUUUCUUCACCAUAUGAUCACAAUCUUAGUGCCAAUCAUCCAUCAUCCUCAUGUGUACUUCCUGGCAGCCAUGCCCUUUUAAAUGGCAACGUGCCUUCUUCUGAGCCCAACUCUUGGGCUUUGAAGUUGGAGCUCCCUUCACUCCAAUAUUCUGAUACUCAAGUUGAUAGCUGGGGGAUACCUUCUUCCCCUCUGACUUCUCUCGAGUCCGUUGAUACUUUAAUUCAGUCUCCUCCAACCGAGCACACACAGCCGGAGAGUGUGUCGCCACGGAACAGUGGCCUGUUGGAUGCUGUUCUCUAUGAAGCGACUUUGAAGAACUCAAAGAACAAUUCAGACCAGCACACUUCUAAUGCUUCUAUUAUUCCCGGUGAUAUGGUUAACAGUUCAUCCCAGAAUCUAUGUGAGACGGAACGGGAAGUAUGUGGUGACCCGAUCUCUCCUUUAAGCCAUUCAGCUGCAUAUGUGUUCAGCGAUUACACUCCCAUCAGUGGAAGCUCGUCUGAUGAACCCCAGUCAGUUGAGACCAUGCCAGGAUGCAAAAUUAAGCAAGAAGAAGUUGACUGGAUUACGAGACAGUAUGAUGAAAAGGAAGAAAAUGCAGAUCAUAUGCUUUUUUCCAGGCCUGAUUUCUUGCUUGGAUCAAAUUGGUUUGGUGAUGACACUGAGCGUGGUAAGGAACACUCCAUCAUGACAGAUGCUAUCGGGGCACUUCUUGGUGAAGAUUUCAGCAGCGACUACAAACAGGUUGGUGCCGUAUCUACUUCAUCAGGUCAAGAAUGUAGCCAUGGACCUCAUACCUGGGAUAUCAUAUCCUCUCUGUCAACUUUCUGAAAAUAUUGAAAAUUUUCUGGAGUUUCAAACAAAUGCCUUGGAUGUUUUUCCUCUUACGAUUGCCCCAAUGUUUUCUCUCAGUUUUAUGACCUUAGAGGAAAAUUUUCAUGGUACCUUGUCUGCGAAACUUUAUAUCCGUUAUGUUGUGUCGGUUGUGGAAGAUCGGGUUUUGAAGACAGUAUUUGCAUGCAGGUUGCAUCUAAAGAGGUGUAUGCAACCUUUUGUCGUAACAGUGCUCAAUGGGGCUGUACUUUUAUUGUUGAACAUGGAUGUUUUCCGACAAUAUGAUGGUUUUGUUUCGACUAAUCGUACAUUUUGUAGACCAUUUCCAUUACCUUCUGUUUAGAAACCAUUGCAGUGAUGCUGCUUCUUGUUUUC